GAGCCGCUGUGUUGUGUGUCACGUGAGGCGUCGCUUCAGCAACAUGGCUCCAGCUCGCCCGCAGCUCCUCACCUCCGCCGUGCGUGUCCGCGCCGCGUCCGUCCGCUGACACACGCACCUGGAGACACCGGGGACCCGCGAGCGAGCUCACGCAGCUCUCCACCGCAGCAUGUGGUCGUGUUGUGGCGUUCGUGCGGUACAAAGUCAGCGAUGCGUGAGACCGGCGGUGCACCGUUAGCGCGACGCUAGCUAGGUAGCUGCACAGGCUCAGCUGUCAUCCGCUACAAGUGGUGGGAGAGGGUCAGACAGAAGAAGAGUUUAUCUCGACCCUUGAGGACCUUGAUUCCUUCCUUCAUGGAUGUCUGAGAAUCCUCAUCGGUGUGAGAGGGUGAGGACAACGCAGCUGAUCAGUGUGUAACUCUGGACAAGCAUUGGAGACUCACCAUGGAUUGGUUAAUGCACAUCGUUGAGAAAGACUUGGGGAUUGACCGACGGCAGCAAGGCCCAGGCUCCCGUCCCCGAGAGCUCGUAGCCCUCGUUCCCACGCGCUGGCUGAUGGGACUGAGGGAGAGGAGGCUCAUGCGCUGUGCUCGCUUCGACAGCAUCAAUGAGGCUGAGAUUUCCACAUACCUUCAGUGUUCCCAGGCAAAGUUGCCCCCUGGCUGGACACGAGUGUGCAUUCAGGGUCUGAGGAAAAGCAAGCUCAGCUACAGAUUGUCGAGAGACCCAUGCGAUCGACAAACGGAAUUCAUGUCGCAGGAUUCUUACGUCAAAACCAUGCAGUGUGUGUCACAGCAUAAUGUCAGGAAUCUAUGGCGUGAAUUUCAUUCCAAACUCGUGCAGCCAUAUGUAGGAGCCAAUGGACAAAUGCACGUUGCAGCUGUGGAUGCAGUACGUCAUGCUCUACAGAAGCUCUUCAACUGCACCUUUAUUUCAUCUGAGAGAGGAUCACCAUCACUUUCUCCAGCCAGAGAGAAAGAAAGCUUCUUGCCAUCCAGUUCAUCUUGCUUUUCCAAGUCCCAGUCUGACCAUCUGUGUCCAAAUGUUCUGCCUGCUGAGUGUCUGCUGGAGACGCCGGAGAUGUUGUAUGUAAUCCUACCAUAUACUCAGUAUUCACUCCAAGAUAUUGUCUCCUUCAGCCCAGCCAAGCUCGCUAACAGCCAUGCCAAAGUGUUGUUCAUCCUCUACCAGCUAAUAAUAGCUCUGCAGGCAUGUCAUGCAGCAGGUCUGUCUUGUGGAGAGCUCUCUCUGCUGGACAUAGCAGUAGAUGAGCAGCUCUGCAGCCGCCUCAAGCUCAACCUCGCUCAUUAUGAGGAACUGGGGAGGGAUGGGGAUGCAAACAGUAAUGCUUCUGGCAGACAAGUGCCAAAAAGUGUCCUUCCAAGGGACCGUGUAUGUUUGAGCCGAGAGAACAAAAGACUUUGCAGAGACUGCUUUGAUGAGCUCAAGACGUUGGUUCUGGACUGGGUUCACGGCAGAGUCAGUAACUUCCGCUACUUGAUGGAACUGAACCGGUUGGCAGGACGGCGAGAAGGAGACCCUAACUAUCACCCGGUGCUGCCAUGGGUGGUGGAUUUUACUGUGCCAUUGGGAAAAUUCCGGGACCUCAGGAGGUCAAAGUUCAGGCUCAAUAAGGGGGAUAAACAGCUGGACUUCACAUAUGAGAUGACCAAAGAGGCUUUGGCAGCUGCAGCAGCUAGUGGGGUUGGUGUAGGCGGUGUUGGUGGGGACCUCAGUGGCUCAGUAGGUGCUGGUGGUGUUGGACAGUCUGACCACCUCCAUGUACCUCAUCACAUAUCUGAUGUGCUCUCAGACAUCACCUACUAUGUCUACAAAGCCCGGCAGACACCCAAGUCAGUGUUAUGCAGCCAUGUUAGAUCUCAGUGGGAGCCUAAUGAAUACCCAGCCAGUAUGGAGCGCAUGCAGAGCUGGACCCCUGAUGAGUGCAUUCCAGAGUUCUACACAGAUCCCACCAUUUUCCGCUCUAUCCACCCUGACAUGCCAGACCUGGAUGUGCCUUCUUGGUGCAAGUCUUGUGAGGAGUUUGUCCAGGUCCACCGGCGCCUUCUGGAGAGCAGAGAGGUGUCCCAGCAUUUGCAUCACUGGAUCGACCUCACAUUUGGCUUUAAGCUGUCUGGUAAAGAAGCUGUAAAAGCCAAGAAUGUGUGCCUGCACCUAGUGGACAACCACACCAAUCUGACUACCUACGGAGUAGUUCAACUGUUUGACCAGCCCCACCCUCCCCGCUUAUCUCCCUCACAAUACGCCCCAGCAGAACCUCCUCUCCUUGGCCUUGCUGCUCUUAAUGUGCCUUCUCUACACAUCCCUCAAUUCAACGCCAUUGCUGACAGUGUGGAUGGAAUGGUGCCAGAGUCCACAGGGUGCGAGUCCAGUGGCUGGACCAUGGUAGACAGAGAUGAUGAGCUUGAACAAGGUACAGAAGCUCUGGACUCAUUAGCGUCCGCUGGCUUAUCUGGUUCUGCAUCCUGCUCUGUGCCAGUGCCAAGUGUCAGCACAGCGGGAGGUAAAAUGGGAGGAGAGCACACAGCACUUAUUGUAUCUCAGUCCCCAUGUUCAUUCCCUGGUGAUUUCCCUGCUUUACGCAGUGCCAUGUUACAAAGAGGUGGGACAGUGAACAAGAAACAUGGGGAGGGAAGUGUAACUGCCUCUGCAGAGGAAAUCAAGAUCACCCUCCCUGAAGGCUUCAACCCAUUGCAGCCUUUGGAAGAGUUGGAGAAGUUGAACAAUUUCCUGGUGAGGAGUCUCCACGCUGAAGUACAGCAUCCUGCAAGAUCGAGUGAGUGCACAAGAAACUGUGUGAUAGUUGAAUCUCUAACCUCCCUCACACAGCUCUACCAAAGAGACAUGCAGGCCCUGGGUGUUCUCAUCGCUGAGAUAUUCUUCUCCUUUAAACUGAGAGGACUGAAACCAGGCACCCCCCUCAGACGGCGUUUCCAAGCUGUUAUGAAACUAUGCUCGGCCAGCCUCCGGGAUGUGCCACUGUCUUUGCACCAGGCUCUGGAGACACUGCUGCUAAUAGAGAAGCACUCUGGAAUAGCACAUAGAGAAGUACCAGAUUGUCCACAUCCACUCCUCUUCAAAUAUGAACCCAUCUGUGGUGGUCUCCCUCCUCCAAACCCCUGCCAGUUACUGAGCUCAGUCAUCACCCCUUUUCCAUUUCCCUCCUAUUUUUCCGCACUUCAUGAUUUUAUCUUUUCCUACCACACUAAGGUGGAGUUGACAUGUAGCACUCAAGGAAGAGAUGUUGUCUUUCACCUGUGGCAGCAGCUUGAGACUCUGUUACGUGGUAACAUCACAGCUGAGGGUCUUGAGAUUCUCUUGCCUUUCAUUCUAGCCCUCAUGCUUGAGGAGUCCACAGCUGUCUACGCCGCUUGGUACCUUUUUGAGCCCAUCUCUAGAGUACUGGGUCCCAGAAACGCAAACAAGUAUUUACUGAAGCCACUGAUCAACGUAUAUGAAAACCCUCAUUGCCUGCGAGGACGUUUCUAUCUCUACACUGACUGUUUCAUUCUGCAGCUGAUUGUGAGGCUCGGCCUGCAGGCCUUUCUGUCCAGCCUCCUUCCCCAUGUGUUGCAGGUCAUGACUGGCUUUGAAAGCUGCGUCUCAGGCUCUGGUGGGGAAGCGUGUAAAGGCCUGAGGACUGGCACAUGUAAUCUAGGAGAGGAAGAGGAAGAAGACUUUCAGUGUGGUGAGGUGCGGUCAUCGUCUGGAUCUGUUAGCGGGAAUAUGGGGGGCAGCAGCGGACCCAGUGGAGUUGGGGGAGGGGGGGACACAGGGAUGGUUGACUACUCCUCUGGCAUCAGUCUCAAUGACCAAGUGUUCCUCUCAGAGGCAGAGGACUUUCAGAAUGGGUUCUAUGUUAGCAGUGGAGCAGGAGUGGCUGCUGGGAAACAGCAUAGUCAGAACUCUGCCAACAAGGAUCAAGACCAGGAGUCUAUAAGUGUGGGGAAACUAAGUGACAAAAGCAGCACAAGUGAACUUUCCCUGGGUGAUGGAGACUCAAUACGGGAUCGAGCCAGUCUCAAAUCAGCUGACAGCAGCCAGGACCUGAAACAUGCGAGUGAGGGAGAAGAGGGAGGAGAGAUGGAGGAAGAGGAGGUGACCGAGACUAAUGAGUCUCGGUCACCCAACCCGGAGCACACUCACUCUGGUUGUACAGAAGCCUCGGGAGCCACAGUUGUUACUCUGGAGGGUGAGUUUGUUAAUGGAAUGGCACUGGAAGAGACAGAGAAAGGCAUUGUGGGAGAGCAGGAGGAGGACGACCAAGAUCCAGCCGAAGACUCUGAGGAGAAGGAGCAAAAGAUUCUUCUAGACACAAUCUGCAAAACAGUUCGAUGGCUCUCAGCGAAGCUCGGACCAACAGUGACGUCUCGAUACGUAGCCAGAAAUUUGCUGCGAUUGCUCACCAGUUGUUACAUCGGGCCCGAGAACCACCAGUUUGUGGCCCCUGCAUCCGAGGAGAGCGAUCUGGACAGUGUAGGAAUGGGCAGCGUGUAUGAGAAGAAGCCUGUGGUCGGUGAUCAGACAGCAGGACCUGUGUUAGACUGUCUUAUCUACAUAGCUCAACUCUAUGGCGAGCCUCUACUGACCUAUCAGUACCUGCCUUAUAUAGGAUAUCUGGUGUCUCCGCCGUCUUCGCAGCGUCUUAACACACGUAAGGAAGCAAGUCUGCUGGGAGCUGUUGCACUAACACAGAAGAUCAUUGUCUUUCUCUCUGAUACCACUCUGAUGGACAUGCUUAUGAAGAUCAAUCAGGAUGUGCUUCUGCCACUGCUGGACCUGCUCACCACCCCCAGUAUGGGGUUCCCCAGCGGGGUGCAGACACGCACUGCCGUCUGUCUCAAGACGCUCAGCCUCAUGGCUCUUAUCUGUCUGCGCAUUGGGAGGGAAAUGGUGCAACAGCACAUGGCUGACACUCUGCGUCGCUUCUUCGCAGUUUUCUCUCUGCUGCGUUGUCUGCAGCCCCAGCUGGACAGCGCCCCUCGCAGGAUUGUGGGAGAAGUCACGGUGGUGGAUGUUUGUACCCCUGAAGGGUCAAACGUGACAUAUGAGUUGGGGGUCUUGGAAGAGCUGCAGACUGUAUUUAAUCCUGAGAUGGCCCACGCCUCCUACAUCCCCUUCUACUGUCUCAUAGGUGACAUGGCAAUUCGUAAACUGGUUCCCAACCACGAGCUGGUCUGGCAGUUGGCUCAGUCUUACCAUCAGAGUGUGAGCCAGGGGACUCCAGAGACGAUCCCCACAGCAAUGUCCAGGGCGGAGCUGCCUCCAUCCUCCAUGGGGCUUUCUUCCGGUUUCGGCAGGCGGGUCGGGUGCAGCCCCUUUCCUGCACCCUCAAGUAGCUCCACCCCGCUGGGAGACUCCAUCCCUGAGUCAGGAACGUUUGGGAGCCACCUGGUCGGAAACCGCAUCCAAGUGCCCCGAGACGCUGAGUAUGGCGGUAGUCCCAACCUGGGCUUGGCCAACUCUUGGGGACGCACCAGCCAUACCACUCCGAUCGUCACCACUUCCUCCACUUUCACCACUCCAUCUGUUGGGACAUUAGCUCCCUUUUCCAAUGUCUGGGCGACAGGCUCCAGCCUGGAGGAAAGUGCCCUGAAGCAAGAACUCCCUCGCAGUGGCCGCUCCCUGCAGGGCAACUGGCUGGCCUACUGGCAGUAUGAGAUCGGUCUCAACGUACAGGAUCCACAUUUCCACUUCCACCAGAUCAGACUGCAGAGCUUCCUGGGUCACUCGGGCACCACAAAGUGUUUGGCACCGCUGGCAGGAGAGGAUUACUUUCUUUCUGGUAGUAAAGACAAGACUGUAAAGCUUUGGCCUCUUUAUAACCAUGGUGAUGGGACACAGGAAGUGGAGCCUCGGCUAACUUACAGCGACCAUCGAAAGUCAGUCUUCUAUGUUGGACAGCUCGAGGCUUCUCAGGAGGUAGUCAGCUGUGAUGGCACCGUGCACCUGUGGGACCAGUUUACAGGCAAGCAGAUCCGCUCAUAUGAAGCCGUGGACGGAAAGAAUCCCAUUACAGCUGUCACUACGAUGCCAGCUCCACACUGCAGUGUCGUGUUUGGGAGUGCGGAUUCUGUUCUCCGCUUCAUUGAUCCACGCAAACCAGGAUUGCAGCAUGAAUUCCGUCUGGCAUACAGCAAUUUGAGUGCUGGGCUCAUCCGCUACCUGGCAGUGAGCCCUUCAGGGCGCACAGUGGCUGCAGGUUUCUCAUCUGGCUUCAUUGUUCUGCUAGACGCACGCACCGGGCUGAUUCUGAAGGGCUGGCCAGCUCAUGAGGGAGAUAUUCUCCAAAUGAGGGCUGCUGAGGGAAACUUGGUCAUCACUUCCUCCACCGACUACACACUUACUGUGUGGAAAGACCUGGAAAACAAGCCUAUACGCCAGUACAAGUCGCAGUCUGACCCUAUCCAUGCCUUUGACCUUUACGGUUCGGAGAUUGUAACCGGAACUGUGGCUAACAAGAUUGGGGUGUACUCCAUGGCCGACAUCUCCCUGAGUCCCGUCAGCAGCACAAAGCUGAGCUCGGAGAACUUCCGUGGAACUCUGACCAGCCUGGCCGUCCUGCCCACCAAGAGGCUUCUGCUGCUGGGCUCUGAGAACGGCGCCAUUCGCUUAUUGGCUUAAAUCUGUGGUUCCCAGCUACACUUAACACUCGUACUGCUGACCUUUUUAAAGCUAAUUUACAAAGACAGCUGGUGUCAGAAGUCUCUCUGUCCCUUCUCCUGUGCUUGAGGUCAGUUGUAAUGAUUAAGAUGGAUGUCACAUUCUCUAAAUAGCUCUUUGAACAAAGCAGCACCAGUAGUGGCGUUUCUAUAAGCUUCACGACUACUGAAACUCGCCUCCCUGGCUGUUGGCACUGCAUUUAAUGGCCACACCAUUGACAUUGAUCAUGUACAGUAAAUCCCAUGAUUUUUUAACAAGCCCGUAGAUGUAUAAAACGUAUAUAAUGGGAAACUCUUGACAAGGUCAAUUCUUCUUUUGACUUGGUCAACUAUUCUGUUCAAAGGAAUGAAUCAGAAGCUCAGGAAGGUGGAACCAAACCUGGUUCUUAUAUAGUGUUUACACUUUCCAAAUAGAUGCAUAACAACACCAAAAAUACAUCGACCUCGCUUUUCAUUUCCCUUGACGUCAGAAUACAUGCGUAUCCAAAUGCACUGAUUAAACUAUGCAGUAUUUGUGAAUCAAGUCAUUUUUUUGUGUGUCAGCGUUUCUCCAUUUUCCAUGAGAGUUUUUUCAGAGUAGGUUGUUUGUGUGCUUGCUGUUUCGACGGCGUCAUCGCAGAGUGGCGACACUUCAGCUGUUGUCGCUCACUCAAGUCAGUUACCAACGCACAGCCUUUAUUCUACUGCACAUGUAUGGCCUGAAUUGUAACAUUUAGAUUCUCACUCAGAUUUUAAAGAAUGAAUGUUUUUAUCCACUAAUAAAUUACUUGAAGUUGCUUUGGAAUUUUCUAAACCGUGUUUAGGGGGUUCUUGAUUUAGCAGUUAGCACCAGUAGCAACAUUAGACUGAGAGGGAAUCUCGGCAGAUGCCAUUUGGACUGGGUGCACCAGUUUGUAGACUCACAACUUUCUAACUUCUCACUACAACAGCUGACAUAGUCGAUGCCAAGAUACACAGUUUGUAUUUUAACAUUUAUAUGUAACUGCACAUGAACGUGUUGAGAAAAGUUAUUCGUCAAUAAAAAAUGUGGUUCAAUUUGCUACUUGUAAUACAAAUGAAUGUACAGUAGAGAUUUAUGUUCCUUAAAUCAAGCACAGUUUUCAUAAAACCCAUAAUGAAUCUACACAGGAUUUCAAAGCCCAGUAUUAUCCAACAAUCAAAGCUUUGCUCUUUGUAUGAUUUCCCUACUGUUAUGUUGUAAAACACAUUCUGCCUACUUUUCAAAUGAUUUGCCCAAAGUCCAAAAUGCUUUGACAAGUGUACUACACUUUUUGAUAUUUUGUGUUUUUUGUAAACCUGGAGUGAAAAGCUCAAUCGUGAAACAAUCAAUCUGAUUUCAAAAGUAAAGUUUGUAGUCGCACGAACAAUGUUGUUACAACAGAUCCAGGACUUCUGUGAACAUUUUAGGAGAAAUGCUUAUUUAUUAACUGGUUUAAUAAAAAUUACUACCAUGUU